ACCGCAUCCGGCGGGAAUUUCAAAAGUCGAAGGUCCCGCAACCUGCGGAUGUGGCCCUGGAGGGCGAGGAGCAAAGAUCUUGUAGCUAUAGGAUCUUUGGCGAGGAGGACACCGUGAGUAUCAAGAGGCAGCAAAAUGCAAACAGUGUCCCGAUGCUGGAGAACUGAAAUAAAGCGGAGAAUGCUAGAGCAUCUCAGCAAGCCAGGAAGCUCAUGAAUGGGAAAAGAUCCUUUGUUGCUGCUUCCAUAUUGUGUCUACAUGACACAUGUUUUCUGUAUCCAGCUUGUCAAAAAUGUGGCACUCGGUUAUUUUUUAAUCAUGGCAGAUUCCAAUGCUUAAAAUGCAACUGUUUGCCAAUAGCACAAAAUGUAAAUUACAGAUACAGACUUUCUGUAAAAGUUGCAGGAAAAUGUGACAUAUUUAUUAUCACUGUGUUUGGGAGCUGCCUUGAACCUUAUUUUGGAGCAGCAGCAGGAUUUUUAAACAGAUACUGUGAAGAUUUGAAGAAGGAACUGCAAGAGCCGGAGGGUGAGAAGGUUCGCGAUUUGUUGGUCCAAGCCGUGGAACACUGUUUUAUUGGGAGAAACUUUAUAUUUGGAGUAAAGGCAUCCGAAUCUCAAACUGGUGUACUGUCAUUUUCUUCAAGUCUCUUGCAAUCAACCUUCGGGAAAAGUAGAUAUAACAAACACCUAAUAGCCUGCCAAAUAGCAGUACCAAACAGCACAAUCUAUGGCUGCACUGUGAUUAAUUACUACAAGAAACUCUUGGAUUCAACCAGUCUAAAAGAUUUGUCUUCCAACUCACUACCAUUUGCCAGUCCAUUUAAUACCAAUAGCCAAUCUACGCCGAAGAUCAACAGUUUGAGCUUGCUUUCUGGUAACACACAACCGUGCACAGAGGUAACUGCUGCUAAUCAAUUACCAAACCCUUGGCAGCACGAUUUUGAACUUACUUUCACUUCUGGUGAAUGCGUUACAGUUGAAGAGUUAAUUGUAAGAUCCAGCAGGGUUGGCUUAAAGAGGAGCAUCACAUCUCUUGAUCAUGUAGAGGGAUCAACCAGUGGAAGGAAGUAUGACAAAAGAAAAUCUUCAGCUUUUGCUACUUCGGUUUCGCAAAGUAGUGAUAUCAAUGGCUGCGGUACAAGUACAAUACAAAGUCUCCCAUCGAGUGUAGAAUUAUACAGGCUACCCUGUAAUGAAUGUACACAUCAAUAUUAUGAUUUUAGUUUAGAGUUGGAGUCAAGUGUGGACAUCCAAACGUUUAGCAUACAGAAGUAUGGGGACUCUUUGCCCGAUCGGAAGGACAAUGUCAUCUUGCCCUUGGACAAAAGUUGCAGUAAACUGGAUUGCAAUGACUAUAUUAUGGGAUGAAUUACCCUUUUCAGAAAGUUUGGGUGAAUUUUUGGCAAAAGUGGAAGGAAAUCUGGAGAGAGGUGAUGAAGAAAACACAUUGCCCACCGGGGUGAAUGCUAGUGAUGGUGCCACUCCUUCCUGGUUUUCAAAGAGCCUGGAAAGUGCUAACCAUUCCGGUGUCCAAGAGCAGAAGAGAAAAUCCAGACAACAGGGUACUGAUUCUACCACGCCCAAAUUGUUGGAAUUUGGUAAAACCAGAAAUAAAAAAACAUCCUACGGAAGUGAUUCUAACAAUCAGAAUGAUACCGUAGAACAUCUUAUCCUUACGGAUAGUUUCAAAAAUGUCACAGAGAAACUGGUUUCUCCACCAAGAUCAUUGCCCCCAUGGUCAGGUUAUGAUUCUUGUGCUGUACACACACUCAACCGAGAGGCAGUUGGAAAGAUUUGCAGUACCUUCCUAAGUCCCAUAAAUGCAGUUAACGACAGCUCUAAUCCUGUUCAGACGAUCCAAUCAAAGAUGCACAACCAUCAAGCGGACCAAAUGGGUGAACAUUUAAAUUUCCCAACUUGUCCUGAAGAUAUUACAGUUAACAAACCACGUACAAAUGAGUCUUCUGCACCAAGAAGGGAUAAAUUUCAGACACCGUUGCCUUCUGCUAAGUGGUUGCAAAAUAUGGAGGAAAACUUUAACAGUGUGAUUCAAGAUGAAGAACAGGACUAUGAUAAAAGUGACCAGGAAGCUGGAGGGAGAUCUCAGCUGCUGACUGUGUGUAAAAAUGAAAACUGCUUGUUCCACAAUUUGUGCACCGGCUUUGAAGAAUAUGAUGUUUCUGGAGAACUCUUCAGUGAUGCAGGAGCCGGUGAAGAGGAACCACCAUUAUGUCCCAGUAGAAACCAGAGUAUUUCAUCUCAGAGAUCUGCAUUUAAAGCAUCCAGUACAACCUGUAAGCCCAAUGAAGAGCCAUGUAGUACUUCCCUGUAUUGUUUAGAUGCAGCUGUUAAUGCAAUAGCAAACCAAAACAAUAACAGUUCUGAAAAUGAUUUGCAGAUACUACCUAAAUGUGACUUUUCAGAUUCACAGGACUACAUUCCAUUUUCUCAGUCUACACCCGUUUCACGAGUUAAGUGUUUAAAAAUGUUUAGGUUGGGAGAAAAAAGCACUUUCAAGAUAUCACCAUAUGUUAGGACCAAUCCAAAGGACGCUGCUUUUAAACACAAACAAGUAGGUUUUAAUAAAAACGAUAACCUUAAGCAGCAAUCCCAUCAAAUUCAAAGAAUGUCUCAAAGAUUCCAGAUUUCUGUUUCAUCAAAGUCUUCUUUAUUGGACAAAAGCUCAGUCAACAAAUCAUAUGUAAGUGAUUCUGAAGAAUGGAUUCCGCCUUCAACGAUCAAAACUCAAAUAAUAUCUCGUUUUUCUUCAUGUGUGUCUGAUGUCCACAGGUCACGUUUUAAAUCAUUUAAAAGUGUAUCUUGUACUGGUGCUGCUGCUACACAAACUGACUCAAAGGCUACAACAGAGAGCAACAAAGAGAAUGACAGCAGCAACCAGUUUAGAGGCCAUCUAUGUAUGAAAAGGACACCUGUAGGAAAUUAUCCCACACAAUCAUUUCAGCAGAAAGUACGGAACUCAAAAGUAUUUCAAAAGAGAAUAGAUAAACAGGAACCAGCAGUUCCUCAAGGGUUUCAGAUUAGAAAAGAUUUAAAAAUUAACGCAAGCAUGCCAGCAGCUUUUCGUGCACUUUUUGCAGGGCGUGAGCCAUUAAGUUGUUACUCACCAGAACUAUUUGCAGCAAGCACAGAAUUUUCUGAAGAUGAGUACCCAUCAUUUUAAAGGUUUUUGACCGCCUCUAAACAGAGUAAUUUUACUACUGAAACUGAGCUAUGGAUCAACCACCUUUUAUAGCAUUGCUGAAGGUUAAUUUCUGCAGAAACUGUUUCCUGAUCCUCUGUGACAUUCAUGGAAGAGCUGCAAAAUCCUAGACUUUUAAGACAGCCAGGGAUCACCGCUGCAGAAAUUAGUCCCAUCUUUCCUUUUAUCUGUCCAUUAAUUUCAUAUUAAAAGAAAAUCUACAAACAAGAUUGUUCCGACUGAAUUUUUCCCUUCUAAUUGUCCUAAAAAUAUACAAUGACAUUUGACAUGAUUUGAAUAGCUUGAGAACUAAAUUUUAAUUUCAGUGGAAUGUGUUUUCUAGCUCUUAACAUGCUGGGGAAUUUGAAUUGAUGAAUAAUAUUCAGCUUAAUGAACAUGGAGCAGAUUUAAUGCUGAACUGUUUAAAGCAAACAAAAUUGAACUGAACGGAAAAAGAAUGGUA